ACACGCAUCACACCACGCAGCCUCUCUUCAGUGUUCCGCUGCGCUCGCGCAACAUUUGGCGGGGCGUAUUAAUCGCAAAUGUUGUUUCCAUUGACCAAUUUAUGCCGUCCUUCGAAGCAACCAGUUUCGCCAGACGCUUCGCGGCAUAAGUAAGUGCAGGAGUGUCGGUCAGUGCAAAAUUACGCUCCAGCAAUGAUCGAGUACACGGUGCGAUUCUUUCGCGGGCUGGACCUGUGGUCACUAGCGGUGGACGAAGCAUUCCUUAACGUAACUCAUUCCACGGGUGCUGCUAACGAUUAUUAUCUCUACACACUCUCGGAUGAGUGUGAUAAGUGCCCCUUCACCAAAUUGCAACGGAUUUCGGCGGUCAAGAAGAGUACUGUACUAAAAGUCGAUGUUUCACGUCGAAUCGGAUUGCGUAUCCUUGAUCGAGAUGUCGGGAAUUAUUCUUUCGAUAACGACACCGUGCUGUGUCAAUUUAGCAAUGCCCAAUUGGGCGAAUUUGGAGUUUAUGAUCUAAGCAUUGUACAAAACGGUGCUAGCUGUACGUUGGAGACAGCCAAGGAACCAGUCAACAUUUAUCUUCCUUUUCUUACGAUUGUGCUUAUCGCGUUUGUCGCAUUUGGAAUCAUUCGAUUGGCACGGUAUGGCAUACGCCGUUCUCGUAUGGCUGGCUUUCCACAGCCUUCUGCGCGGCCAGAAGCUGGUGACGCACCAACAACGGAAGAACACGAUAAGCAGGAAGCGGAAACGUCUGCACAGGUUACGCCUAGAAAACGCCUCCAAAGUCUGGACACUUUCCGCGGCAUUGCGAUCAUGUUGAUGAUCUUCGUCAACAGUGGUGGUGGUCACUAUUGGUGGAUCGAGCACGCUACCUGGAAUGGGUUACAUGUGGCCGAUCUCGUCUUUCCGUGGUUUCUCUUCAUCAUGGGCGUAUGUGUGCCGAUUUCGCUGCGUGGUCAAAUUAAUCGGAACGUUCCACGGCGCACGAUUCUUUCUCACAUAGCCGUUCGCUCGCUGAAAUUGUUUGUAAUAGGACUUUGCCUGAACUCGAUCAAUGGUCCGAGCAUGGCGAAUCUGCGUGUCUUCGGCGUACUGCAACGGUUCGGUAUUGCUUACUUUGUCGUAUCGGCCGUGCAUCUUUUCUGCCAUGAACAGACAGUUCCAUCCCAAAGCCGGCUUCUACGCGCAAACGAGGACAUUUUUCGCUUAAAAAAGCAAUGGCUAAUUGUCGGGCUGAUCACGUUCGUGUAUCUGGUGGUGAUUUGCAUCGUACCUGCACCCGGUUGUCCAAGAGCUUACUUCGGACCGGGUGGGAAACAUCUUUUCAAUGCUUUUCCCAACUGUACCGGUGGCAUCACAGGGUACAUCGACCGAUUUGCCCUUGGUAUGGCGCAUCUAUAUCAACAUCCGACAGCACGCUACGUUUACGAUGCGAUGCCAUUUGAUCCGGAGGGUCCAUUCGGGUGUCUUCCCACGAUUUUACAAGUGUUUUUAGGUCUUCAAUGUGGUUGCACCAUCCUCGGGUUCACUGAACAUCGUCAGCGUCUUACACGCUUUGCCAUCUGGUCACUCCUGCUCGGUCUUAUUGCAGGAAUCUUGUGUGGAUUCUCAAAAAAUGACGGUUGGAUUCCGGUGAAUAAGAAUCUGUGGUCAUUGUCGUACGUACUGGCGACGGGUUCACUAGCGUAUCUACUGCUCAUGCUGUGCUACUAUGUGAUCGACGUGAAACGUGCUUGGAACGGUCGACCAUUCGUGUAUGCCGGUAUGAACGCGAUCGUCCUGUACGUGGGCCAUACGGUGUUUCACAAAAUGUUACCGUGGCACUGGCGUAUCGGCACGAUGAAUACGCACUUUAUGCUCACGCUAGAGUCACUCUGGAAUACCGUGCUUUGGAAUCUGAUUGCUCUCUAUCUGUACAAGCGAAAGAUAUUUUAUAAUCUAUGAAUCAUGCCAAAAUUUGACUUCAAAAGGACU